UCUGAACACGUUGGAGGAGUCAGGAAGUUUAGUAACAAUAUAUACAUUUGUGGGAAACUUUGAAACUGCGGGUAUUGUUUUGUUCUUAAAAACAAAAAUGCCGUCUCUAAAUGGGAAACCGGACGUUCUGUUUGAGGAAGAUGACCUGCCUUAUGAGGAGGAGAUCAUCAGGAAUCCGUACUCGGUCAAGUGCUGGAUGCGCUACAUUGAAUUCAAACAGAACGGCGCCAAGUCCAUCCUCAACAUGAUCUAUGAACGAGCUCUGAAAGAGCUACCUGGCAGUUACAAGUUAUGGUACAACUAUCUGAGAGAGAGACGGAAACAGGUAAAAGGGAAGUGCAUCACGGAGCCAGCCUACGAGGAGAUCAACAACUGCCAUGAAAGAGCACUGGUUUUCAUGCACAAGAUGCCGAGGAUAUGGCUGGACUACUGCCAGUUCCUUGUGUCUCAGUGUAAGAUCACCAGGAGCAGACGCACGUUUGACCGAGCACUCCGAGCCCUGCCCGUCACUCAGCACCCUCGCAUCUGGCCCCUGUACCUCCGCUUUGCCCGGAACCUGCCCCUGCCUGAGACCGCCAUCCGUGUCUAUCGCAGGUACCUCAAGCUGUCCCCAGAGAAUGCAGAGGAGUACAUAGAUUACCUGCGUUCCUGCGGCAAGCUGGAUGAAGCUGCAGUGCGUCUGGCAGCCGUUGUCAACGAUGAGAGUUUUGUGUCCAAGGAGGGCAAGUCUAACUACCAGCUAUGGCACGAGCUGUGUGACCUGAUCUCUCAGAACCCAGACAAGGUGAACUCUCUGAAUGUUGGGGCCAUCAUCCGUGGAGGCCUCACUCGCUUCACAGACCAGCUGGGCAAACUCUGGUGCUCCCUGGCUGACUACUACAUCCGCAGUGGACAUUUUGAAAAGGCUCGUGAUGUGUAUGAGGAGGCCAUCUUGACGGUGGUGACGGUGAGAGAUUUCACCCAGGUGUUCGACAGCUACGCCCAGUUUGAGGAGAGCAUGAUCGCUGCCAAGAUGGAGACUACCUCCGAGCUGGGGAAAGAUGAAGAAGAGGACAUAGACCUGGAGCUGCGUCUGGCCCGCUUUGAGCAGCUGAUCGCCCGCAGGCCCCUCCUGCUGAACAGUGUGCUGCUGAGACAGAACCCCCACAACGUCCACGAGUGGCAUAAGAGGGUCAAACUGUACGAGGGGAAACCACGACAGAUCAUCAACACCUACACAGAGGCAGUUCAGACUGUGGACCCUAUGAAGGCUACAGGGAAACCCAGCUCUCUCUGGGUCUCCUUCGCCAAGUUCUACGAGGAGAACGAGCAGCUAGACGACGCGCGGACCAUCUUUGAGAAGGCCACCAAGGUGAACUACAAGCAGGUUGACGACCUGGCUGGCGUGUGGUGUGAAUACGGAGAGAUGGAGCUACGCCAUGAGAACUACGAACAGGCGCUACGUAUACUGAGGAAAGCAACUGCCAUCCCGUCCAAAAAGGCAGAGUACUUUGACGUGUCAGAGCCAGUGCAGAACAGAGUGUACAAGUCUCUGAAGGUCUGGUCCAUGCUGGCUGACCUGGAGGAGAGUAUGGGAACCUUCCAGUCCACCAAGGCGGUGUACGACCGCAUCAUUGACCUGCGCAUUGCCACGCCCCAGAUAAUCAUCAACUACGCCAUGUUCCUGGAGGAGCACAACUACUUUGAGGAGAGCUUCAAGGCGUACGAGCGUGGCAUCGCCCUCUUCAGGUGGCCCAACGUCUAUGACAUCUGGAACACGUACCUUACCAAGUUCAUCGACCGCUACGGGGGCACGAAGCUGGAGAGGGCCCGGGACCUGUUUGAGCAGGCGCUGGACGGCUGUCCAGCCAAGUUCGCCAAGACCAUCUACCUGCUGUAUGCCAAACUGGAGGAGGAGUUUGGGUUGGCGCGUCACGCAAUGGCGGUGUACGAGAGAGCCACGCAGGCAGUGGACAAAACGGAGAGGCAUCACAUGUUCAACAUCUACAUCAAGAGGGCUGCAGAGAUCUACGGCGUCACCUACACCAGAGCUAUCUACCAGAAAGCCAUCGAGGUGCUUCCAGACGAACACUCCAGGGACAUGUGCCUGCGCUUCGCUGACAUGGAGAGCAAACUGGGCGAGAUCGACCGGGCCAGAGCCAUCUACUCCUACUGCUCCCAGAUCUGUGACCCCAGGAUGACGGCCACGUUCUGGCAGACAUGGAAGGAGUUUGAGAUCCGCCACGGGAACGAAGACACUAUCCGUGAGAUGCUGAGGAUCAAGCGCAGCGUCCAGGCCACGUACAACACACAGGUCAACUUCAUGUCCUCGCAGAUGAUGAAGGCCACUACCAACGCCACCGGCACCAUCUCAGACCUUGCCCCGGGCCAGAUGGGGCUGGAUGAUAUGAAGCUGUUGGAGCAGCAGGCCCAACAGCUGGCCGCCGAGGCUGAACAGGACAAACCCAAACUCAAAGAGAAGAUCCUAUUCGUCAGGAGUGACACGUCUCGCAGCGAGCUGGCUGAACUGGCCAAACAAGCCAACCCUGAUGAGAUUGAUAUUGAUGAUGAGGAUGGUGAUGAUGAAGACCAAGGCCCAGAGGAGGUGCAGCUGGAACAGAAGAGCGUCCCCACCGCUGUCUUUGGAGGGCUGAAAGAAGGGGAAGAUUGAAUACAGGAUGAUAUCUGUCCCACAGAUAUGACAUCACAGACGAGCUCCCCGGUCCACUAAUGGAGUCUUUUCAACCCCUGUAAAAUGUAUGAUGAGAAUAGAUUGUAUGGAAUGUGAACUUUGUCAUUGAUCUUUUCUAUGUUGUCGACUGUAAGGGUUCUUGCUCUACAUUCAUAAAUUGUCAAGUCUGCACCAGAUCAGUGAAUAAAAAUGAGAUUUGUCAAUAAAAUGUAAAUGUUCCUUAUUCUAAAAACAAUUGAAAUGCUCCUUUUCCUUCUAAACAUGAGGACCAAGGCACGCUUCAUAAAGUUAAAAUGUUUAAAUUACGAUGGCACGCUCAAUAGAAUAAAAUCGUAAAAAUAUGACGUGUUUUGGGAUUACUUUUGUCAUGUAGUUUUUAAGAUUUUGUUCUAUUGAACAUGCUACAGUAUCAUAAUAAAGAGGGCCUUGGUCCUCCUGGUUAUUUAUGUAAAAUGAACCCCUUAACCGAAGAGCGCCUUCGA